AUGGCAGCUCCCUUCUGCCUCAGCAAACCUUCACUAGUAGUCAUUUUCAUCAUCGGAAUAUGGGUCUCCCAGCUUGCAGCGUCCAGAGAGCUCCAUGGAUCCCAGCCGGACAACAUGGCUCAAAGGCACGAGCAAUGGAUGAACCAACACGGCAUAGUAUACGAAACUGCCGCGGAGAAACAAACACGCUUCAACAUAUUCAAGAACAACGUCGAGUACAUCGAAUCGUUCAAUUCCGCAGGCACCAAGCCUUACAAGCUAGCAAUCAACAAAUUCGCGGACCAGACGGUGGAAGAGUUCAAGUCCUCCCGCAACCGUCUCCUGCAGCUCGCCGCCGCAAAGACAACGAAGCCAUUCAAGUAUGAAAAUGUGAAGGACGUUCCAGCCACAAUGGACUGGCGCACCAAAGGAGCCGUAACUCCCGUUAAGGACCAAGGUCAGUGCGGAUCCUGCUGGGCCUUCUCCGCCAUAGGUGCCACCGAAGGGAUCAACCAGCUAUCCACUGGGAAGCUGGUCUCCCUCUCGGAGCAAGAACUCGUCGAUUGCGAUACCAAGAGUGUCGACCAAGGAUGCAACGGAGGGGAGACGGAGAAUGCUUUCGAGUUCAUAAUUGGUAACCACGGCAUCACCUCUGAAGCCAAUUACCCUUACCAGGGAACCGAUGGAACUUGCAAUUCGCAAAAGGAGAGUUCCCACAUCGCCAGAAUCACCGGCUACCAGAAGGUCCCUGCCAACAGCGAGGAAGCAUUGUUGAAGGCGGUGGCCAACCAGCCGAUUUCGGUGUCGGUAGAUGCAGGGGAUGGUUCCUUCAUGUUCUAUUCCAGUGGGGUGUUUUCAGGGGACUGUGGGACGAACCUUGACCACGGGGUUACCGCGGUUGGGUAUGGUCAGACCAGUAACGGAACCAAAUAUUGGCUGGUCAAAAACUCGUGGGGAACCACCUGGGGCGAGAAAGGGUACAUUAGGAUGCUGAGAGACAUCGAGGCCAAGGAAGGUCUAUGCGGGAUCGCUAUGGAUUCCUCUUUUCCAACCGUCUAA